AUGAGCGAACCAAAAAGGUAAGCAAAUCUAACAGAAAAAACGUUUAAUAUUUAUAAUAAUUUAAUUUCAACAUUUCAAUGUUGAAAACAGUGAAAUAUGCAAAUAAAUUGCAUCCAUGCUGGCUUCCAAUUUUACGUUGUCAUCAUGUCGACGCAGCGCGUCUUUUUAUAGAUUUUUAUGAAAAUAAAUGGCAUUUAUUAAAUUUUGUUUUGUGAAAAUCAAUUAUUCUUUACAAAUUGCUAUUUUUUUUUUACGAUAAUGAUUUGUAAUCGUGCAAUGACACAAAUCGCGCUUAUUAUUUUUGUAUGCCGACUGUUCAUGGCCGAAUACUAUAUCGAACAUGACAAAGGAAUUUUACUGAUAUUGAUAUUUAUUUUUUACUGUAAUACUUCUCAAUUUUAUGAAAAAAUCGUAAUGGAAAUAAAAGCUACCCAAUUUUAUUUGUAUUUAAUUUUACAGUAUAAUACUGACGAUAACAAACCUUAUAUAAAAAUUGUAUGUUUGGUUUUAAAAAUUAAAUUACAUCAACUUGUAUUAUUUGAUAACAAAUAUUGAUCUGAAUUAAGUAUAUCUUAUACGAUCAUUAUAUAUGAUUUGAUUCACAUUGGAAAAAUUCAAAAAUUUAUUUUUUAUGAGUUUAAUAAAUUAUUUUAAGUAUUUAUUGUAUAUAAAAACAAUAACAAAAACUCUUUUGAAUUUUUGAGGAGAAAAAAAAUAUAUUGAAAUAAUAUCAUUUAAUUUUAUAUAGUAUAAAAAUUAAUAUUUUACACAUAAUAGCAAUUCGUAUAGUUAAAUAUAUUACAAUAAUUUAUGUUAUAAUUUAUUAUAAAAUAAUAAUAUAAAAUAUAUCACAAGAAACUUAAGAAAAUUAGUCUGAUUAUUGAAUUUAUAUUGAAAUUAUGUUUAUAAUACAAAUUAUUUUUUAUUUAUUAACAUUAUUAUAUUUCAUCUAGCUAUUAAUAUUUAUUUGUUUAAAUUAAUUAAAUGCAUUAUGUUAUAACAGCGAAGAUUUGGCAACAGCAAUCCUUCGAAAGAAGGACAAGCCAAAUAGAUUAUUAGUGGAUGAAGCUAUUGCAGAUGACAAUUCUGUUGUGGCUCUUUCUCAAGCAAAAAUGGAUGAAUUACAACUUUUCCGAGGAGAUACAGUAUUAUUGAAAGGAAAAAGACGCAAAGAAACUGUGUGUAUUGUUCUUUCUGAUGAUACAUGCCCUGAUGAAAAAAUUCGUAUGAACCGUGUUAUAAGAAAUAACUUGCGUGUACGUUUAAGUGAUGUUGUUUCUGUACAAGCAUGUCCAGAAGUUAAAUAUGGAAAACGCAUUCAUGUACUGCCAAUGGAUGAUACAGUAACUGGUCUUACAGGGAACUUAUUUGAAGUAUAUUUAAAACCAUAUUUCCUGGAAGCUUAUCGUCCUGUUCAUAAAGAUGAUAACUUUAUUGUACGUGGUGGUAUGCGUGUUGUAGAAUUUAAAGUAGUAGAAACAGAUCCUGGACCAUUUUGUAUUGUAGCUCCUGAUACAAUUAUUCAUUGUGAAGGUGAUGCUAUUAAGAGAGAGGAGGAAGAAGAGGCAUUAAAUGCUGUAGGUUACGAUGAUAUUGGUGGUGUUCGUAAACAGUUGGCUCAAAUUAAAGAAAUGGUAGAGUUACCUUUAAGACAUCCAUCUUUAUUUAAAGUUAUUGGAGUUAAACCACCUCGUGGUAUUCUUUUAUAUGGCCCACCAGGCACAGGAAAAACUCUUAUCGCUCGUGCUGUUGCAAAUGAAACAGGAGCAUUUUUCUUUCUUAUCAAUGGUCCUGAAAUUAUGAGUAAACUUGCGGGAGAAUCAGAAAGUAAUUUAAGAAAAGCAUUUGAAGAAGCUGAAAAAAAUUCACCAGCUAUAAUUUUCAUUGAUGAACUUGAUGCUAUUGCUCCUAAAAGAGAAAAGACUCAUGGAGAGGUAGAAAGACGUAUAGUGUCUCAGCUGUUAACUUUAAUGGAUGGUAUGAAACAAAGCUCUCAUGUUAUUGUAAUGGCUGCUACCAAUCGACCUAAUAGCAUCGAUUCUGCAUUACGUCGCUUUGGUCGUUUUGAUAAAGAAAUUGAUAUUGGAAUACCUGAUGCUACUGGUCGUUUAGAAAUUUUACGUAUUCACACGAAAAAUAUGAAACUUGCAGACGAUGUUGAAUUAGAAGAGAUUGCAGCGGAAACACAUGGGCAUGUUGGAGCUGAUUUAGCUUCAUUAUGUUCUGAAGCAGCAUUACAACAAAUUCGUGAAAAAAUGGAUCUUAUUGAUUUGGAAGAUGAACACAUAGAUGCUGAAGUUUUAUCUUCUCUUGCUGUUACAAUGGAUAACUUCAAGUAUGCUAUGACUAAAAGUAGUCCAAGUGCUUUGCGAGAAACUAUUGUCGAAGUUCCAACUGUUACAUGGGAUGAUAUUGGAGGUUUACAUAAUGUUAAACUGGAAUUACAGGAAUUGGUACAGUAUCCAGUUGAGCAUCCAGAUAAAUUCUUAAAAUUUGGUAUGCAACCAUCCAGAGGUGUAUUAUUCUAUGGACCUCCUGGAUGUGGUAAAACAUUACUGGCUAAAGCAAUAGCUAAUGAAUGCCAAGCAAAUUUUAUUUCUGUAAAGGGUCCAGAGUUGUUAACUAUGUGGUUUGGUGAAUCUGAAGCGAAUGUCAGAGAUGUUUUUGAUAAAGCAAGAGCCGCAGCUCCUUGUGUAUUAUUCUUUGAUGAACUCGAUUCUAUUGCCAAAUCUCGUGGUGGUACACUAGGCGAUGCUGGUGGAGCAGCAGACCGCGUGAUAAAUCAAAUUUUAACAGAAAUGGAUGGUAUGGGUGCAAAGAAAAAUGUAUUUAUCAUAGGAGCUACUAAUCGUCCUGAUAUUAUUGAUCCCGCUAUUCUACGACCUGGUAGAUUAGAUCAGUUGAUUUAUAUACCAUUACCAGAUGAAAAAUCUCGAGAAGCAAUUUUCAGAGCUAACCUUCGAAAAUCCCCUGUAGCGAAGGACGUAGAUUUGAGUUACAUUGCUAAAGUAACACAUGGUUUCUCGGGUGCUGAUAUAACAGAAAUUUGUCAACGUGCAUGUAAACUUGCUAUUAGACAAAGUAUUGAAACUGAAAUUCGAAGAGAAAAAGAACGAGCUAGUAAUCCAUCUGCAUCUAUGGAUAUGGAUGAAGACGAUCCUGUGCCAGAAAUAACUAGAGCUCAUUUCGAAGAAGCAAUGAGAUUUGCACGACGUUCUGUAUCUGAUAACGAUAUUAGAAAAUAUGAAAUGUUUGCACAGACGCUUCAACAGUCUCGUGGAUUUGGAACUAAUUUCAGGUAUAUAAAUUGUUCCGAUAUUUUUUUUAAAUGUAAAUUAUCUAAUUUUUUGUAUAAAUUGUGAAAUCUAAUAAAUGAUAAAACUUACUCUGUCGUUAAAUAUUCUGUUCAAUAUAAUAGCUUGUAUUCAUUCUAAAGUUUUAAAUUUUUACAGAUUUCCGCAAAGCGGAGCAAGCGGUACUCAAGAUACAACACAAGGUGAUCAAACCUUUCAAGAUGAUGGAGAUGAUGAUCUUUAUAGCUAA